AGCGCGGAGCCAGAGCGACGUCACGCGGCUGGAGAGGGCGCGUCACACACACACACACACACACACUCACGCUGUGGCGUGUUUACCGAGUGGAGAGUUUGUGAUCGGACUUGCAGAGCAGAGCGCAUGUAUAGACAGACUGUCACCGAGCAGACAAUGAAGAGGAGCGGAUCGCUUGUUUCUCCGAUAAGAUGAGAGCCUUUGUGUUGAGUCUGAUGAGUUCAGGAGGAUUUCUGAAGGGAACACUAACAGUUUACACAGAGGACAUGUCCACAACUACGAGUCCAACCAUCCCCUCCUCACAGCUGACAUCGGAUCAACUCACUGUGGUCGCUGCAUCCUUUUCUUCUCUGGUGUUCUUUUUGGUUAUUGUGGUGCUGCUGUCCAUUAUUUACCGCAGGGAUCACCAGUGCUGCAAAGUGUUCUCCUAUCAGGGGCCACAUGCAGAUAUGGACGCUCCUCCUCAGUACUACAGCAGCAGACAGACUCUGGUGGGAUCUUCUUGUCUAGAGCAGACUCAGAUCAUGGAUGACACUCAGCAGGCAGGUCAGCUGUUCUACGUGGGCCUGCCCUCCAGCUACAGCCUGCCCUCACUGGAGGCCCCCCUGCCGAGGCUCCCCUCCUACGAGAGCGUCCGAAAGAAGGACCGCCAGAGGCAGAUCCACAUGAUGAUCGCAGACCGCUUCGGCCUCAAUGGACCCAUUGUGACUGAGCCUCCUCCAACAUAUGAAGAGAGUAUCCGCCAGUCUAUGGAGCUGCCGUACAACAUCCUCUCAUCCAGUCUGGACAUCUCCCUUCCUCAGAGUAUCUACACCAACACAGGGCCCGACACACCUCAUCCAGUCAACUCUGAUACCAGCAGCACUGUUCUACCUGUGUGAUUACUGAGCAAGCUUCUCAAGCUGUCUGAUGAAUGUCAAAGACGUGCGAUAGCUUUAUACAAGAGACAUUGUUGAAGACUGGAUCCUUCCCACACAAGCUGAUCCAGAUACCUCAAGACUGAGUUAAUGUUGAGAGACGGUUGAUGAAGGAGUAACCAAAGAGGAGCUUCAGGGAAAGGACACCUUUGGCUUGGCACAUUUGAAUGUUAAAAACACUUUGUGACAGCUACUGUCCAUGCUGAUGGAUUUCAUUUCCUGAGGUGGCUGGUACACCUUGAAGAAGAAACUUGUGGACUACAACAUACUUAAAAGGGAACCACUAUUUACUUUGUUGAUUAUAAUGAACGUCUGUCUUCUCUUUUAUUGUGCUGUUCCUGAGCCAGAGACCUCAUUGUCUGGUGUGGUUACCAGAGACCUGUUCCUGUACCCUGCCGUGCCAUACCGCCAUACUGCCAUACGGUUCAGCCUGUGAGAGGGAGAAUAAAAAAAAAAGGUGCUAAUGAGAGUGCCUUCCAUGAAGUUAUAAUAAGACAUUUAUCACGACAAAUGUUUUUUUUUUUUUACCACUUUGUUUAUUUUUUCUCUGUGAAGACAGAUGGGACUCUUGAUGAUUUCUCACUUUCUUAUAUAGAAGCUCUGAGUUGUUUGUUCUGUUCUCCAAAAGGCUUCAGAGUGAAGCAGAGUGAAUGUGAAAUGAAAACAAUGGAGAGAUACCAAGUUCCUUGUCGAGACCUGCUUUUGUUUUUCUUUAUCACACAACGUUACCAUGUACACACGGCAAAUGUUUGUCAUGUACUCUAUUUAUUGAAGAAAGAAGAGCGAUUCCUCAUUAUUUCUGAAAACAAAUGUAAUAAAUACUUUUAUCUUUUUGUC